UAGACAGUGAGCUUGCAUUUUGACAGAGUUGGAACCAACGCUAAGCCCCUUGUGAAUUCAGGUUAAAGUGUCAGCAGCUACUCGAUCAGGAUGGUGGAUUCUCAGUACUAUCUUCCUAAUGAUGUCGGGAUCUCCGCUCUGGAUUGUCGAGAAGCCUUCCGGCUGUUGUCACCUAAAGAGCAGCUCUAUGCACAUUAUCUCUCCCGGGCAUCUUGGUAUGGUGGUUUGGUGGUUCUACUGCAGACUUCACCGGAGUCUCCUGUUAUUUACGUGCUUCUGCAGAAAGUGUUCAGAAAGCACACAGCUGCACAGCUGGAGACGGUGGCAGCUGCAGCAGGGCUGAGCUCAGAGGAGUACCAGGCAUUUCUGGUGUAUGCUGCUGGCCUUUAUGCAAACAUGGGAAACUACAAGUCAUUUGGUGACACCAAGUUUAUUCCCAAUUUACCAAAGGAUAAGUUUAAGGCACUGGUGUGGGAGAGCCAGGCUUAUAAAGACAGCCCUGCUGAGAUCGAGGCUCUGUGGAACAACUGCUCACACCUCCUCUACUCACUGGAAGACAAGCAAAAACAGCUUGGUCUUGGUGACGGUGGAAUCACCACAUACUUCUCAGGAAACUGCUAUUUAGGAGAUGCUGAGUUGGCCCAAAAAUUCUUAGACUCCAAGAACCUGAGUGCCUACAACACACGCUUGUUCAAGAAGGAGUCAGAUGGAAAACGCUGCUAUGAGGUGCGCCUUGCUUCUGCAGUCAAAAAGGAUUGUGCAGUUGAAGGUGAAGCAGAGUGUUGCUGUGGCACAUAUGAUUUUGAAGAUGCUGUAUUUUCUGUCCAGAGAGGCGACUAUGCAUUUCUUAUGGAGAAAGUUUCCCAAAACCUGGAAAAAGCUAAAGAUCAUGCCUCUAAUGAGAACCAGAGCCGCAUGCUUGAGGAGUAUACAAAAAGUUUUACCUACGGCUCUGUGGAUGCUCACAAAGAAGGCUCCCGAUUCUGGAUUAAAGACAAAGGACCUAUUGUGGAGAGUUACAUCGGAUUUAUUGAAAGCUACAGAGAUCCAUUCGGUUCAAGGGGCGAGUUUGAAGGGUUUGUUGCUGUGGUGAAUAAGGCGAUGAGUGCCCGCUUUACACAGCUGGUAAGCUCAGCCGAAAUUUUGCUGCCUGAGCUGCCCUGGCCUGCAGCCUUUGAAAAGGACCGCUUUCUCAAACCGGAUUUCACCUCACUGGAUGUUGUUACUUUUGCUGGCAGUGGCAUCCCAGCAGGAAUUAACAUUCCAAACUAUGAUGAUAUCAGGCAAACUGAAGGAUUUAAGAAUGUGUCUCUUGGAAAUGUGCUGGCUGUUGCGUACGCAACACAGAAGGACAAGCUCACCUUUCUCGAGGAAAAAGACAAGGAUCUAUACAUCAAGUGGAAGGGUCCUUCUUUUGAGGUGCAAGUAGGCCUUCAUGAACUUCUGGGUCAUGGCAGUGGGAAACUCUUCAUCCAAGAUGAAAAAGGAGCAUUCAACUUUGAUCAGGCUGAAGUCCGUAAUCCAGAGACGGGAGAACUGAUCACCAGCUGGUAUAAAGGCAAUGAGACCUGGGACAGCAAGUUCUCCACCAUUGCUUCCUCAUAUGAGGAGUGCAGGGCGGAGUGUGUCGGACUCUACCUCUGCCUCAACAGACAGGUGCUCAGCAUCUUUGGCCAUGUAGAUGAAGCAGUAGCAGAGGAGGUGGCUUACGUGAACUGGUUGAACAUGGUCCGUGCUGGUCUUCUGGGCCUAGAGUUCUACACACCAGAGACCAAGAACUGGAGACAGGCUCAUAUGCAGGCUCGCUUUGUGAUCCUGCGUGUACUACUAGAAGCAGGAGAGGGGUUAGUGACCUUGACCAUGACAACUGGGGCAGAUGGCAGGCCCGAUGCCCUUAUCACACUGGACCGCAAUAAGAUUCACACAGUGGGCAAGAAUGCCAUCCAGAAGUUCCUCUGCAGACUGCAGGUGCACAAGUCCACUGCUGAUGUGGAGGGAGGCCGUGCUUUGUAUGACCGCUACUCUGCAGUAACUGCUGAUGGUGCUCAUGAUUUUCUCCAACUCCGGGAGACAGUCCUGCUUCGCAAGGAGGCUCGCAAGAUGUUUGUCCAGGCAAACACUCAGAUUAAAGGAGAGGCAGUGGAACUGGAGGAAUAUGAGGCGAGCGCUGCAGGAUUGAUCCAGUCCUUCAUACAACGCUUUAAUGAUGAUGCUGAGGAGCUGGAGGCUCAGCUGCUAGAAAUGGCAUCCAGAGACGCCCCCUGCUGGUCAUAAGUGCCAAGCUGCAACCUGAAUUGAGAGGUACCACCACCACUCUGCAAAUUUAAACCAGCUACGAAAAAGACGAAAAAGAAAAUGGGGUACUGGGUACCCACUGGGUACCCUGGAAGAGACUUUGGGGGAAUGGGCUAAAUCAAAGCUGGCCUCUUCAGUUCAGAUACACUUAAACAAUGCUUAAUGUUUCAUGUUCUUUUUCUUCACGUAACAAAACUUGAUUCUCUGUAUAACAGAUCUGUAUUUAGCAGUGUCAGAAAUGCCAGUUUUUAAUCUGGAUUAUGCAAUCAGUAAUCUGUAUUUGAGAUGGGACCACAGCCUACGCUUCCCACACAGAUGGAAUUGUGUAAAGCAUAGCUGAAAAAACGGCACUGUGUGGGAGAUGUGGGAAAAGUGCUUAUAUAAUCUGAACGUUUACAAUUCUUUAGGUAUUUAACAAAUCUGUUCUACAUUAUUUAUCACUAUUUAUCCCAUAGCCAACUCGUAAAAGUGUGGCUGUAAUAAGAAGUUCCCCAAAUAUGAAGUUAUUGUUUAAAGAAAUUAAAUUUCAGUAAAGUGUUUGUGUACUGUGUAUGACUAGACAACAAAAGCAUUUCCUGUCGAAUUAAAACUCUUUCCAAUCU